CGCCUUCCCUUCUGUCCCUGUGGCUCACUCGAAACGGCUUCAUAUAUCGGUUGUGUCUGUGCUUUGUUCUGUGUUUGUCUCUGCAGUGCGUCUUCUUCCUGGAUGGACUCCGGACUGAUCUUACAAACUGAGAGAGGGGAUUGCGUUAGAGCGCAGCUGGGCGUGAACAACUGAUUUAUAUACUGUGUGGGGGCCCGUCGGCUGAUUGCAGUGCCGUGCCGUGCAUGUGUUCGGAAAAGGGAAAGCUGUCAUUCGGGCUAUGACGUUUGCUGAUGUGAGGACUGAGAAUCAUUGCUGACGUCAUUGUUCCGCACGUAGUGGCCUUACGUUUGUUGCCUAAGACCCCCACGUACUGCGUGAGAAGCAGCUGAAGCCAGCCCACCCUUCCCUUCUCUGUUGUUUUUCCUGUGCCCGGGCUCCUCAGAAACCAAGAUGAAUAACCUGUCUUUCAGUGAGUUGUGUUGCCUCUUCUGUUGCCCUCCAUGCCCAGGAAAGAUCGCCUCCAAGCUUGCCUUUUUACCUCCUGAUCCAACCUACACCCUUAUAUGUGAUGAGAGUGGCAGUCGCUGGACACUUCAUCUCUCAGAACGAGCAGAUUGGCAGUACUCUUCUCGGGAAAAAGAUGCAAUUGAAUGUUUCAUGACUAGAACAAGUCGAGGAAACCGCAUUGCCUGCAUGUUUGUGCGUUGUUCUCCAAAUGCCAAGUAUACACUGCUGUUUUCUCAUGGCAAUGCUGUUGACCUGGGUCAGAUGAGCAGCUUUUACAUAGGUCUGGGCUCUCGGAUUAAUUGUAACAUUUUUUCUUACGAUUAUUCUGGAUAUGGGUCAAGCUCGGGGAAACCAUCCGAAAAGAAUUUAUAUGCUGAUAUUGAUGCUGCUUGGAUUGCUCUUAGAACACGGUAUGGAAUUCGUCCUGAACAUGUCAUUAUAUAUGGACAGAGCAUAGGGACUGUGCCAUCUGUGGAUCUUGCUGCUCGCUAUGAAAGUGCUGCUGUUAUACUACACUCUCCUCUUACCUCAGGGAUGCGGGUAGCUUUCCCCGACACCAAGAAAACAUAUUGUUUUGAUGCAUUCCCAAACAUUGACAAAAUAUCAAAGAUCACUUCUCCUGUUCUGAUCAUACAUGGCACAGAAGAUGAAGUGAUAGACUUUUCUCAUGGGUUGGCACUUUUUGAGCGCUGCCAGAGGCCAGUGGAGCCACUGUGGGUAGAAGGAGCUGGACACAACGAUGUGGAACUUUAUGGACAAUACCUUGAGAGAUUAAAACAGUUUGUGACACAAGAGCUAGUAAACUUGUAAACUACUUUGUAAAAAAAAAAAAGCCAACUAGGGCAAGGAAGGUUUGCAACACAUUUCCCAACAAUGGAUUGCAGCUCUCCAUAGUCACAAAAGGGUUUAGCAGACCGUAUCUUUCUUAUUCUUCAUUUGCUGGACUGUGAGCCAUAGAAAAGUACUUUAAGCCCUGAAGGUCUGUUUGCAAAUCGUAUUGGUUGCCUUAACAGAUGGACAGGUAAUGAUCUGUUAACAUCGGUAAUGAAGUUUUUAUACCAGUAUUACUAUCUGGAAUAACACUAUUGUUCAGUCAGGCUUGUCUAAUUUACUUAAUUGUGUGAUACUUUACUACUUAAUUUCCAGGCCACUAUGGGGAUAUGGGCAUCAACAACCUACAAAAUUCACAGAAUAAUGUCAAACAUAUAUCAAGGGUGUGCAAUAUUUAGAUACAUGCAAAGAAUUGCCCAUGACGUCACUAAAUCUGUAAAAAACUAUGUAUUUCUACAUAUCAUCCCCAAGUUAAUUUAGGAUUUUAUCAAUUUGAUGAUAGAUUAAACAGAAUGUUUUCAACGGCUGUAGAUGAAAUGUAUGUGUUUUUUUUUUUAUUAUUAUUUUAACCUGUGAAAUAUGAAACAUAUCAAGUGUAAAACUUGCACAUGUUGCCAAAUGUUUAAGAAAUGGGGAAAUUGCAUGUGAUUUUAAAUAGUUUUCAGGGUCAGCCGGGCCCUUGCAUAACUACAAGCAACAUCUCAAGAUAUGUUGUCAUUUCAUCUACUGACUUGUGCAGCUGUAUAAAGGAAACGUACCACUGAUGCUGUGCUUAAUAAUGGUAGCUAAAUCAUUUGUAUACAUAAUGAAUUCAGUUUACAGUAGGCAAUACUAGUUUUUUUAAUACAGGUAAAAAUAGUUAAAAUGUCAUUAAUUGCACUUUUUACUGCUGGACAAAAAUACUUUUCAUUUUAAAAAAUCCUGCCUGGUUAGGGUUUUUUAUUUUCAAUAUAUUGUUUGUCAUCAUUUAAACCACAGCGGAAAGAUCAGUGCAGGCUAGUCUUUCUAGACACCACAUACAUAAAUCUAACAUUUUUAUGUUACAAAUGAUGGUUUGCCGCUGUGGAAAGGACUUGGUACAUUGUAUAGUUGUUUUGUGCUUCCCUCCCUUAUUGCCACUGGUGCUAACAUCGCAUAAAUGAUUCCGAACCCUAGUGCCAUGUUAAGUAUAGGGGAUGGAGAAUUCUACUGCAUAGUCAUUCCCGUUGCCAAGCAACAACAUGACGGGCUCUAAGAUUCUUCAUCACUUCCCCCUGUUAAAUGAAGUAAUUGGCUGAAAUUUCUUACUGAGGACAGCGGGAGACUUUUCUCAGCACUGGGCUGUGUUCCUCAGACUGCUAAAAUGGGCUCUUUAUCUGCAAAACCAACUAGAAAAGUUGCCAAUUUUUUGUUUAAAGCUGAGCAGCUAGAUUGAGAUGGUAAUUAAGUCUCUCUUAAUUGUAUUUGCACUGAUAGCCACAGUGUAAUAAGCAGCUGCUUUAUAAACGUUGGGAAAGGGUAAAAAAACGUUAUAGGAAACAGGUCUGGCUUCUUGUCAGUGCACGGUAACAAUUCAGUGUGCGUUACACGGCAACUUGCUGUUACCCCCUGACAAACUUUUUAGAGCUUAUAAUUGCAUUUUCUUUUCUCUGGAGAAUUCCUUUUCUUUCUUUCAUAUCAGUUGGCACAGGAAGGGUUAAAGAGUCAUGGUUUUUUUUUAUUAAAUUGUAACUUGCCUUUCCCUAAAUGAGUUUGCUUAAAUAAACUUGUCAACAAUGAAUGCAACUGAAAUAAGACAACCUAGUCUAAUUUGUGAAUGAAUACAAGACACUGUGGUUAUAUAUUAAGGCCUUAUUUAGUGUAUCAAGUGUUGUGGAUGUCUGGGAUUGUAUACAGUUUAUUAAUAUAUAAUAUUCAAAUUUGCCUUGUUACCCAGUAAACUAUUACAAAU